AGUUACUAGUAUUAGUAGGAACCGAACCAAUGUCUUGGAAUAAUAAUAACUAAAUCUGGAACGUCCAUUCUAUGUCGCUCAUUCCUCUAUUGGCGUUGGAUUUCCUCGUACGCGUUUCCUCCAAAUUUUGAAACAUUCUAUCCUAUGUAUAACAGAAAAAACGGUUACUCUAUUAUCGAUCUUUGUUAACUAACUUCAAUAGAAACCCUUAAUUUUCACCAUCCUUUAAAAACCCUGUUCUCUAUUCUUUUUUCAUGUAUACUAAACACUGAGGUUGCGGCAGAAUUUAGAAACUCGAUUUUUGUUUCUUUGAUUCUUAGAAAAACAACCACCGAGUGAACAUGGGAAACAACUGUGUUGGACUCAGAAAUACCUCCGAUGAAAUUUUUUCAACAUCGUGUUGCUGCUCAUGGUCAUAUCCAAUCUACCAAACACAAAUUUCAGUUUCACCAAACAUAAACGCUUCACAGACGGUUCAACAAAGUCCACCGCAUGUCGACAUCAAAGAUUUGAAGUCAAUUGAAUCUAGGGUAACAGCAAAAAGUGCAGGUCUUCGAGAAGAAUCAAUUUUGUUGUCAAACAAUGGUUCUUUUAAGGAAUACUAUGAGUUAGGAGAUGAACUUGGAGAAGGGGAAUUUGGAACUACUUCACUUUGUUUGGAGAAAUCAACCGGGAAAACGUAUGCAUGCAAGGUAAUCCCAAAGGUGAAAUUGUUAGAAGAUGAUGAUGUAGAGGAUGUGAGGAGGGAAAUUAAGAUAAUGCAUCACUUGGUUGGGAGUCUAAAUGUGAUAUGUAUAAAAGGAGUUUAUGAAGAUUCUGAUGUUGUUUAUAUUGUCAUGGAAUUAUGUAAAGGAGGUGAGUUGUUUGAUAGGAUUGUGAAAAGAGGUUACUACGCCGAACAAAAGGCCGCUAAACUUGCAAGAACUAUCGUUAGUGUUGUUGAGACUUGUCACUCACGUGGAGUUAUGCAUUGUGAUCUUAAGCCUGAAAAUUUUCUUUUUGUUGAUGGACAUGAAGAUUCAACUCUUAAAGCAAUUGAUUUUGGAUUGUCUAGUUUCUUCAAACCAGGAGAAAAAUUUAGUGAUGCAGUAGGAAGUCCUUAUUAUAUGGCACCUGAGGUUAUAAGAGAGUGUUAUGGGCCAGAAGCUGAUGUGUGGAGUGCGGGUGUGAUCAUAUACUUUUUCUUAUGUGGAGCACCUCCAUUUGAUGGUGAAUUGGAGCAAGAGAUAUUUGAUAAGGUUUUACAUGGUGAAAUUGAUUUCUCUUCGGAUCCUUGGCCAAGUAUUUCUGAAAGUGCCAAAGACUUGGUUAAGAAGAUGCUUGAUAGAGAUCCUAAAACACGAAUUACAGCACAUGAAGCUCUAAGUCACCCUUGGGUUCAGGUUGAUGAAGUUGCUCCAGACAAGCCUCUUGAUUCUGCAACUUUGAGUUGUCUAAAGCAAUUUUCUGCUAUGAUAAAGAUGGAGCAUUCUCUUAUUUCGAUCAAUAUGGAAAUGGCUACAUCACUCAAGACGAGCUUCAACAAGUUUGUAAAGAGCUUGGCAUGAAAGAUGUCCACUUUAAGGAAAUGAUCGGAGAAGCUUAUCAAAAUAAAUGAUGGACAAAUAGACUACAAUGAAUUUGUGGCUAUGAUGCAGAGAGGCAAUGCAGAUUUAGAAAAUAAUAGUGUAAAGUGUAGUACUAGCUUUAACAUUGGAUUAGGGAAAGACAAAAGACACUGUCAAUAUGUUAGGAAGACAGACACUAUCAGUAGUAGUGGGGUAAAGUGUAGCGCUAACUUUAACAUUGAAUUUUUCUUCCUUUGGAAAAUUAUAUACAAUCUUGAAUUUUGUUUCUCUUUAAAAAAAGCUUAGUCAUUAGCUAUUAUUAUGUAAAAAGUUGAUAUGUCUACUUCAUAGAUUUUCCCUUGUUAUGUAAACUACUAGGAAACAUCAUCUUGGCAAUUGCCUUUUGAAUUUCGACUUGGUGACAUCUAAAUUUAAGCUACAUUAGAAUAUAUGCAUCUUUUUCGAGUAGGACAGUUGAU